GACGAUGAUACAGUGACGGCUGUACACAGAAGGGUCAUUAGGCAGUGGGACGGUCAGGAAGUAUCCGCGGGUCUGGGCGAGAGCCGACACACCGGACAGUACAGCGGGUGACGGUGGAUAAAGCAUGUUACCUGCGGACACAGGAAUCCCGUCCAGCAGACCGUGCAAGGCUGAAGUUCCUCCACUCUGUGCGACCGAUCCCCCCCUCCCCCUCCCACCGAAGCCGAUUUAAUUUCGCCGUCUGACCAGUCGCCAUUCUCUGACAUCAUCCCGUACAAUGCAGCACCAGAAGACCUACAUUGUACGCGGGGAGCAGCCGCCCACAUUCCGGAAGCUUCGGCAACUGAAGAGCGCACCGUCUGCAGGGGGAGCGAGUAACAGGAGCCUGCGCGAUGCAGUCAACCAGGUCACCAACCUACAAGUGGCCACCAGAUGCUUCAUCCAGACUGCGGAGGAGGCGAGAGGGUCGUCGUUCUGGGGGGAUGUUGAGGUGUCUGGGUUCGCCUUCGAGGAGGAGGUGGAGGAGAAAACUGGCAAGAAGAAGAAGAAAAAGAAAUUGGCUCUGGCGUUCGACACAAGUUUCUUCAAAAGUCAGUAUGAGUUCACCUUCCCUGACAAAGCGAUAGAGGUGGCGCUGCGGAAGCCGGAGGACCGCUCUGAGCACGACAUCCGUUUUAUCCGCAGUAUGAUGAUGGGGAUCCUCAGUUUCCGCCGAUACAGCACCCAGAUGCAGCACAUGCUGGCCCGAGUCGUGUAUUACCGCAAGUUCGGACGCGGGAGAGUCAUCGUGCGGAAGGGACACCGAGGGGACAGCUUCUACUUUGUGUUCUCCGGGGUCAUCGCCAUCACGCAGGAUGAAGACGGCACCAGCGCCCUUCUGGACCCCGAACCCAUUCUGCUUCACAAAGGGGCCAGCUUCGGGGAAGUGGCUCUCCUGAAAGGCCUGAGGAGAAAUGCCACGGUGGUCUGCAUGGAAGAAACGGAGUUCCUGGUGGUGGACCGGAAAGAGUUCUUCCAGAACAAGCUGGACCAGGAGCUGCAGAAAGAGCUGCAUAAUCGUUUCAAGUUUUUCAGAUCUAUGGAUCUCUUCUCCUCCUGGUCCGAUAAGAACGUGGAGACGCUGGCUGACCACUGCAAGGCGGAGGAGUGUCACCACAGCCAGGUCAUCGUCGAAGACACUCACGAGACCAAGAACAUUAUCUUUGUUACAAAGGGCCGCUGUGAAGUUCUACGUCUGGUGGAUCUCAGCCGCUGUCCGUCUUUCCACAAGUGGAUCAAACAGCACGAGGCUCUGCUGGGGAGGAACUCUCUGCUCCAUCACUCCGGAAAGACCGAAUCAAACUCCAGUGUUAAUGGCGCCCUCUCCAGCACAAUCAAGGAAGCCACAGACAUCCUUCCAGAGAGGGGUGUGUACUCGGUGGAAGACCUGGCCAGGAGAUACGGUCUGCCCUUGUCCUAUGCUGAAGACCCCGGGAACCUGAACCUACCAAGCGAGCUGAUGGCCGCAGUCUACCUCCGUAUAGACUCUCUACAACCUGGACAAUACUUUAGAGGAGUGGAUGUAGAUUACAUCACGUCUUGCUUCGAGAAGGAGGGGCUCAAAUCACCUGAUCAGGAUCUGAACUUCCUCCCUAUUUCUGAGCAGAAGGACCCGCGCUCCAUGGUAGUCAUCAGCCAGGGGUCAGAGGUUAUCCGGAUCAAGCUGGACAAGUUCUCAGAGCUAGCCGAUCAUGCCACCCUGAAAAAGCUGAAGGAGAGAAAUAUGGCCUAUCCCAGCGACAAUGACCUCUGUAGGAUCUUCUUGGAGCAGAACCGAUGGAAAGUCUUCAAGUCGGACCUGGUCCAUCAACUGAGCUCCUUGCCGACAAUCCACCGGAAACAUCAUCAUCACCAAGAGCAGGGUGGAGCGGGGAUCAAGGGGCAGAGUGCUGACAAGAGGGGGAUCCUCCAACUGGGAUCCAAUAAAGCAAAGGCAGAGCAGUUCUGGACAACACCAGCAAAGAACAAAGCCUCUGAAAACGGCAAAAAAAGAACGGAAGAUUCAUCAGCCGAACAAACCGCCAUCCGUCUCAUCCACGCCAUCGAUCUCCCCAAACUGUGCGGAAAGCGCAUCAUGUGGUGACCACCCCCCGAGCGACAGUGAUCGGCUCCUCCUACUUGGGUGUACACAAGUAGGAGGAGCCUGUUUUAUACAGAUCAGCAAUAGAAAUUAAUUUUGAUUGGUUCCUCUCCGCCCCCCUUAAUUCUCCAAAUUAAAACUCAAGGAAUUUGUCAAAGUGAGGUGCAUAAAAAGAGGUGAAAUGUAAAAAAAUACUCAAUUAACACUACACUUAAAGGGUAUAAUAAAGGUCCGAGUAUUAUUUUAUUUUAUUAUUGUUUUAAUUGGGGAAAAACAGCUUUAAUUACCCCCUCCCCCACCACACACAGUACCAGGACAGGGUCCAUCCAGUGCCCAGGGCAAGGAUCCAGGAUUGCU